AUGUAUGCUGAUCAGAGACGUGUUGAGCAUUCUUUCAAGGUUGGGGAUAUGGUUUAUCUCCGAUUGCAGCCUUACAGACAGUCUACUCUCCAGAAGAGUGGAGCUGAGAAGCUCAAACCUCAUUUCUAUGGGCCAUUCAGGGUCAUCAGAAAAGUUGGGGCAGUAGCUUAUGAGUUAGAGCUACCUUCUGAUAGCCGAGUGCAUAAUGUUUUCCAUGUGUCUCACCUCAAGAAGGCACUUGGACAUAAUGUGGUUGCUUCAUCACAGUUGCUGCCUUUGGAUGAGGAGGGACAGUUAGUUCUAAUUCCAGAGGAGAUACUUGAUUUCAAAGAACAUUCUUUGAGGAAAAGAACUAUCAGAGAAUACGUGGUGAAGUGGAAGAACCUGCCUAUGGAGGAUGCGACUUGGGAAAGUGAUGAGAUUCUGCAGCAUCCUGGAAUUGCAAAUACCACUGAUGCACAUACUGAUGUAUCUAAUGAACAACUGGCAACUGAUAGCAAUGAAAAAUCCAUUGAGAUACCAACUGUAGAUGUUUCUGAGGUGCAAACAGAAAAAUCGGCAGUGGAUACCACUGUAAAAUCAUCAGAGGCACAAUCAGAGAAACCGGCAGAGACAAAUAUAGAGAAAUAG